AUGUCUGUCGCCGAUGCCGGUCUGCAAUUGUCCUUGAUGGACGCCGCCGCCCAAGCUAUUGCACCCACGAGCGUUCCAACAACACUCAUCCCAAUUGUGCAGAUCGUAUCUGGGAUUGUUUAUAAAUAUAAAGGCUCUAACCACAGCAAGAUUGUCGGUAAAGCUGUCUUGACCAUUGGUGCUUUGCACGGUCUUAGAUUUCUGUGGUCUACUAUUAACCCCAUCAUAGUGCCAAGCUUAACCUCUAGCAUCAAGGUGUCAACCGACACUGAGUUGGGGGUAAGGAUCACCGAUUGGCUUUCUCAGACCGCUAGCGGAACCCCGUCGCGCCAUACUGAUCUUGAUGGAGAUGAAAAGCGGCUCUUGAAAGGCAACUGGGAGACGAACGGUCAAUACGCCCUCGCCGAGUACAAAGGGUGGAGGUUGUUCCACGGUAUUCCUCUAUACGUUAGUGAAGAAGAUCAGCAAGUUGAAGGCCCGCACGACAGGCAUGGAAAUAAAGGAGUGGCUACUAAGACUAUUGUAACCAUUACUGCGAUUGGUCCGUCCCGUAUCUUGGACAGGCUGAUCAAAGAAGUUCUUGCAGUAGUCGAUCCGGACGAGAAGAAAUAUACUCGGGUGCACUCCGUGGGUGCCGGUGGAGGUGGUAACCAAAACUGGGAUGUCAGGAAAGCUAUGAGCCGACCAAUGGACACCAUUGAGCUUGAACAAUCUCUCAAGAAAGACUUCGUGGAUGAUAUUCUGCAUUUCAAUACCACAGAGCGCCGGAAAUACUAUACCAACCGCGGAAUUCCUUGGAAACGUGGAUACUUGAUCUUUGGCCCUCCAGGUACCGGCAAAUCUUCUUUGGCUUUUGCAUCCGCUGGCAUGAUUGGUUCCGAUCUAUAUCGUGUCUCUCUCGCGCAGAUUGCGGGCGAGGGUAACAUGUCUCAUCUGUUCAGUGAAAUUGAGAAGCGUGAUAUUUUGCUUCUGGAAGACAUUGAUUCUGCAGGCAUCAAUCGAGAAGUCAUGAACGCUGAUCAAAAGUCAAAGAAAGCUGGCAAGAAUAGUAUCUCGCUCUCGGGCUUGCUGAACGCCAUCGAUGAUCUGGCUGAAGGUGUUAUUGUCAUGAUGACUUCCAACUCUCCAGAAUCUCUCGACAAAGCACUGAUUCACCCCGGUCGAAUCGACAAACAGAUCUUCAUGGGCAAUGCCUCGCCAGAGCUCGCAAAGUCGAUGUUCCAACGCAUGUACAGUGAGGAUAACGCAGCUAUCCCUGUGACAUCGAAGAUUGUUCAGCUUUCCGAGCAAUUUGCACAAAAGGUUCCGGACUCAAAGCUCACCCCAGCGGAACUUCAAGGAUUCCUACUUCAGCACACUCCAGAAGAUGCUUUGUUGAACAUUGAAACUUGGGCGCAAAAGAUCAUUGAGUCUAAGGAGAAAGGUCUCAACAUUGUUGGCGUCAAGGCCGACGAUGAAGCUCUUGGGAUCAAGAAACCAUCCGAGAAUGCUUCAUCUGCAGAGCAAUCAGUUCCUAAGGAAUUGUGUGCUAACUCUUCUGGUGAUACAUUGUCUGAUAAGUUCUCUGACGAUGGGUCUGAUGAGGUUUCUGACGAUGAAUCUGAUGAUUUCUCUGACGAUGAGUGUGAGUUUGACCAGGAGUAA